AACAAUGUCGAUGUCGCGCACGCGCGCUUCCUCGCAGAGUCGGGCGCGUCGUCAAAAUGGAAGAAUGGUGACGGACAAACGACGAUGGGAGGGCUGGAUGGGCCAGCAGAUACUCUGGAGGGCCUUGGGAAGGGGAGAGGAAAGCUCUCGCCCACAUCAUCUCACCUGUUCAUGCUCAUCCUUCCUUUGGGUGAGAUCAGCCUGAAAUUACGGAACUCAAGAGGCAACGAGCACAAGAGAGAUCACUACGUGACAAAAUUCCCCCCACCGACUGUUUUCCUACUGCAUCCGUCCCAACCUUUGACCCACGUUAGCAAGCUUAUCGUGUCAUCGUUCCCCCCUGCUCGUCCCGAAGUUUCUUUUCGCAGCUCGGCGGCAAACGGUCACCACAUGCAAUGGUCCGAAGCGACUGACAUCGGUGACUUCAUACGCAGUGCUGCGCGCGCGACCGAGUUUGACAUCCACAUCACUAUACCUGUUCACAAAUAUUCUGGCGAUAGUGAUGAGAAGGAUGAUACAGAGGACGUAUUCGACGAGACUGUGAUCACAGUCGAAGUACCCACGUUUGCGGAUCGGACGCGCUUCUUGAGACGCAGGUUGGAGAUUAUCACCAGAGAGUUAAAGGACAUGGAGGGUCUGAAGAAGGAGUGCGACCAUGAAGCACACAGAGGUGCGCGGAGGAUGGCAGUUGGUGGGUUUGGGCUGCUUGUCGUAUAUUGGGGCGGGGUCGCGCGGCUCACUUUUUGGGAUUAUGGCUGGGAUGUCAUGGAACCGAUUACGUACCUCUCUGGUCUCUCGUCCGUCAUCUGCGGCUACCUCUGGUUCCUCUACCAAGGCCGUGAAGUGUCGUACUCGUCGGUUCUCGACCGCUCCAUCUCAGCGCGCCGCGAGGCACUGUAUAAAGCCCGUGGACUCGACAUCGAUCACUGGGGCGACCUUGUCGCGGAGGCACGCGUGCUGCGACGUGAUAUCGGACGGAUCGCGCAAGACUAUGAUCAUGAUUUGGGGCGC